AUGGAAAUGCAGGACCUAGCCAGUCCUCAUAACCGAGUGGGGGGUGCAGAUUCAACAGGCUCCAAGCUGGACAAGAACAACCUGGGCAGCCCCUCCAUUACCACCAAUGGAACUGGAGGUGAAAGCAUGACUGUUCUAAACACGGCUGAUUGGCUGUUAGGCUGCAGCAGCCCGUCCCCAGCCUCGGGUUCCAAGGAAUAUGUGAAAACAGAGCCUAUGAACAGCAGUGAGACAGUUACUACGACAGGUGACACAGCACUGGACACAUACGCAGGCUCAGUGAUCACCAGCAGUGGGUACAGCCCUCGUUCAGCCCACCAGUACUCUCCUCCCCUCUACCCUUCUAAUUUGCUGGCCAGCACUGACCUCACCUGUGUGUUCUCAGGCCCUACCCUCACAUCCUCUCCACGCCGGCAGCCCCCGCUAUGCCCACACCUCGGUGUGAUGCUUCCAGGCAUUAAGACAGAGACAGGCCUAACCCAGAGCCAGUCUCCCCUGCAGACAGGCCUCAGCUACAGCCCCGGCUUCACCACGCCUCAGCCCGGACAAACGGCCUACUCCCCCUAUCAAAUGCCAGGUUCCAGUUUCACUCCUUCCUCAGGCCUCUACACCACCAAUAACUCAGUGUCCAACCCUGCCAACUACACUGCCACACAGCAGGACUAUCCCUCAUACACGACAUUUGGCCAAAACCAGUACCCGCAGUAUUACUCUGCCUCCACUUACGGGACGUAUAUGACCUCCAACAGCGUAGAUGGCACAGGGUCCACAGCGGCCUACCAGCUGCAAGAUCCCACCCCCGCCAUGACAGGACAAGCCGCUGAACUUCACCCAGGGGACUUUGAUACAGUGCAGAGCCCUUCCACGCCCAUCAAAGAGCUGGAUGACAGAGCCUGCCGGAGUGGGGGGUCCAAGUCACGUGGCAGGGGCCGCAAAAACAACCCCUCUCCUCCCCCUGACAGUGACCUGGAGAGGGUGUUUGUGUGGGAUCUUGAUGAGACGAUUAUUGUCUUCCACUCCCUGCUCACAGGCUCUUAUGCACAGAAAUAUGGCAAGGACCCUCCCAUGGCGGUGACUCUUGGUCUGAGGAUGGAGGAGAUGAUUUUCAACUUGGCCGACACACACUUAUUCUUUAAUGACCUGGAGACUUUUCAAAUAAAACAUAUCAUUAUUAUUGACAGUACUUACAGUUUUGCAACUGAUGGCUUCCAUGCAGCUGCAACCAGCGCCAACCUGUGCCUGGCUACGGGUGUCCGCGGCGGCGUCGACUGGAUGAGGAAACUGGCCUUCCGCUACAGACGGGUCAAAGAGUUGUAUAGCACAUACAAAAACAAUGUGGGGGGUCUGCUGGGUCCCGCUAAAAGAGAUGCCUGGCUGCAGCUGAGGGCAGAGGUGGAAGCUCUGACCGACUCCUGGCUCACACACGCACUCAAGUCCCUGUCCAUCAUCAGCUCCAGGAGUAACUGUGUAAAUGUGUUGGUGACCACGACGCAGCUCAUACCAGCGCUGGCUAAAGUGCUCCUAUAUAGUCUUGGAUCGGUUUUCCCUAUUGAGAACAUUUACAGUGCGACAAAAAUAGGAAAAGAGAGUUGCUUUGAGCGCAUAAUGCAAAGGUUUGGCAGGAAAGUAGUGUAUGUUGUAAUUGGGGACGGUGUGGAAGAGGAGCAGGCGGCCAAAAAGGUAAUGGACCCCUCUCCACAAGCUUACCGUCACCCCGCCAACGCCGCAUAG